AUGGCGUACAAGGGGGGGUAUUUGGUUGCCGUGGUCGUCACGGGUGCGAUCUUUGGUGGUGUCGCCCUCGUCUUCAGAGAAAUCACCGAGGGGCUGUGUUGUCUCCUGGGCGGCUUCUGUAUCGGAAUGUGGCUCAUGACCCUCAAGUCCGGAGGCCUGAUCAGUGGCGACGGAGCAAAAGCCGGAUUCAUUCUUGCUUUUGCUGGGGGCUUUUAUGGUCUGUCUUGGAGUCACUACACCCGCGCAUACGGUUCCAUGCUGUGUACCGCUUUCGCUGGUGCUACCGCAUUAGUACUUGGUAUUGACUGCUUCAGCCGAGCUGGAUUGAAGGAGUUCUGGCUUUAUAUCUGGGGUAAUUCUCGCGAACUCUCUACAUUAGGUCUGAACGACAAGAUGUUCCCCUAUCACACCUAUACUUACCCUGUGACGCGGAAUAUUCGCGUCGAAACCGCCGUUAUUAUCAUUAUCACAGCAUUUGGGGCAAUUGGACAGUUGCGAUUGUGGAAGGUUAUCAAGGCUCGCAGGGCGAAAGAAGAGGAUUCCCGCCAAGAAGCCGAGAGGAAGAAAGAGGAACACGAUGCCGAGAUCGGCCGGCAACUCGAAGCAAACAACCUUCGCGAGCGUGCCGAAUGGGAGCAAAUGUACGGCAAUGGGCAGCACAGCGGUAAAGAGGCAUCAUUGACAGAAACCGCAAUUGCCGAUGAUUCGAGAAGAGGAUCAGACGGCUAUGGGUCUUCAACAAAUGCAGAGAAAACCAAUAUUGAAUUGAAAGACAUGGCUACUGGAGAACAGGUUGCAGAUCUCCCUGACCCCGAGAAACAUCUCGAAAAAGUGGAUGAGGGGGAACAUCAUGAGGUGCGCAGUAAGCCCGAACUGGAAUACCGUGAGAUGGUAGGACCAAGACCGGUCACUGCAUUGUCUCUGCCAACGGCCGCUGUAAAGUCCUAUCUCCGUGGAGAGAAUGACUCUGAGCAUGGGGCUGUCAUUGGCUCUGAGGUCGGCACCCUUGGAGGAUCAAAGCACGUUGCAAGGAAAUCAUGGAUGAACAGGCUGUCCUGGCGCAAUGGCAACAUUCAAAUUCCAGAGCCGCAAUCGGUGUCCCAAGAAGCCUUGAUCGUGCACGACGAUGCCGCAUCCUCUGUGGCGGGCGUUGUGGAUGAUCUGACGAUCGCCUCUGGCCCUCCGAGUAUCGCUUCUGGUAUUCACGACGAUGGAGAUGAUCAAGAUAACCAGAGAGACAUCUCUGAAGAGCAUGCAACAGAGCAGAACGUACUCUCCGAGGUGGCUAAUGGAAAACUCAACGCUCAAGCUCGACAGCCUGUCGCAGCAGUGACUGAGACAGACACUCCCACUUCUCAUGCAACCGAAGGCGGAAAUAUUGAUGCCUCGGUCAGCGAUGACAAUGAUCAGGAAAAUCAAGAAAAUUUCCCGGUAGUGGCUGCUGUUUCGACUGAUACUCCUACUGAUGGCCAUGGCACGAAAACCGAGGAUGUGGGUGAGCAAGCCCAGCCGGCUCAUCCAAACCUUCAACCUGAGAUUCAGAAUCAGAAAAUCCACUUCACAGUCAUUGAAAGGGCUGAAGUCAUCGCCGAGGAUACUGUAUCUCAAAUGGAACCACUGUCUCACAUCAAAGCGAACCAGAUAUUAGAGAUUGAUGAUACCCGUGAUCCCCAACCCAAAGUCGACGAAGAUGUCAAAGUCGCCGAUUCCGCUUCUUCAAAAGCACCUGUUGAAACUGUGAAGAGGCCGACAUUGGAUACGUCCACAGUUAAAAAGAUCCCUGAGCAGACCUCGAAGGUGAUACAUGUCUUCCGCACCAAGGAAUGGGCAAAGCAUCUCGCCGAUGCGGAAACACCGGAGCUUGAGCCCUUAGAGCUUGAAAGCAAGGCUGCAGCUCCAGUGCAUGUUGAUGGCCUUCUGCAAACAGCCUUCAAUGUCCAACCACCUCCUGCUGCGCUGAGUCCCGACUUGAGCGCAUCAAGCCUGGUAAAACUCCGGCGUCAGUCCGACUUAUCAUCUACACCUUACCCUGAGAUGUCUCGAUCCAAGACACGAAAUAGCCUACAAUAUCUCACCGGCAGAUCCCCGCCAACGUUGGCUCGCAAUGCCUCAACAGGAUCUAUAGAUCCGCCACAUGAAGAGCAUGACGCUCGCAUCGACUCCCCUGUUGAUUCUCACGUCACCGGAGUCGCCACGCUGGAGUGGCCCGCCCCUUCUCUUGCUGUUCGUGAAGACAUGGUGCGCAACAGAAUGUCCUCAACUUCCCUUCGCCACGACCCCUGGGCAUCUCGAAACGCUUCACGCCAAUCUCUUGCCGACCCUGUGCAAACCGUCUCUCCACCGACAGCUAUCCCCGAGGAAAAGGAGAAGGUAUUCAAAGUCCCCGCACCUAAUUACGAGGAUGACGUGCCUCUCUCUAAGCGCAAAGUCAUGCUGCAGCGCCAGACCAUGCGGUCACCAUCCGGCUUGAGCAUUGCAAAUUCGCCCCUUGCGACGAGCCAUCCGAGCUACGAGCGCUCUAGGUCGCCCCAAUUCGCCCAAGUAGAUCCAGAAAGAUCCGCUUCUAGAAUGGCAGCAUGGCGCCAAUCAGUGAAGGAGGACAUGACUCAACGCCGUGACCCACUGUUCCAUGGCACUUCUCCAAGACCCCCAGGACCAGCCGGCCCGAACAACCGCGCAGCAAUCUUUGGGGAUCCGUGCAGCAAAUGCGCGAUGCUUCCUCAGCCCAUGUCGAUAAAGCCAUUGCAGAUGGCAUGCAGCGAGGAAGUAUGA